GAGAGAGUGAAAUUGUCGUCGGUGAGAGGGACGAGGUUCUUCUGUGGGAGAGAGAGAGAGAGAGAGAGAGAGAGAGAGAGAGAGAGAGAGAGAGCAAACGCUAUGGCGGCAAAGCGUUGUUUUCAGAUUGGAUCGGUGGAUGAAUUUAAGAAUGUCUCGGCCAUUCGAGCUGCAUUGGCAGAAUUUAUGGGACUACUCAUCUUCAAUUUCAUCUCCUGUGGUGCUGUUAUAGUUUCAGGGUUUUCCAGAAACUCGACAGGAGAUGUUGACUUCAACGCGAAGCUGGUCGCCAUAGCUUUGGCUCAUGGGCUGGCCAUCGGCAUCAUGGUGGCCGCUACAGCUGGCGUGUCUGGGGGCCAUAUCAAUCCUGCCGUCACCUUUGGGAUGCUGCUCACCGGCCGAAUCAGCUUGAUGAGAUCCAUCAUGUACUGGGUGGCCCAAAUUGUUGGUGCCAUUUUUGGAUCGGGUCUCAUCGCUGGCAUCGCACCCAACAAAGCUGAGGGUGGUCUGGGAACACAUCUGAUCAACAAAGCCAUUUACGGUGCAGAUCCGACGACGCCCACUGAAUACGUACAAGUUGGAACCGGCUUUUUGACGGAGGUUAUCAUCACGUUCAUCUUGGUGUUCGUGAUUUGGGGCACGGCCGUGGACCCCCGCGGCCCGUCGGCCAUCGCCCCGUUGAUGAUCGGGCUCACUAUUCUUGCUAACCACCUGGUCGCCGUUCCAAUCACCGGGGCAUCCAUGAACCCUGCGAGGUCCUUCGGAGCCGUCGUCUGGUCGGGCCAGUGGGCCGACCACUGGAUCUACUGGAUUGGCCCGCUGCUGGGGGCUGCCAUAGCCGCCUUGUUCUACGACGAGGGUUGUCUCGCCAGGGUGACCGACAUGGGGAGGGCACAACGCCGUGAGCAUGAGGCUGCCGCGGACCAUGUGCAGGACACAUUCAGGGCUCGCUCCCCUGUCUAUCGGUACCUGGUUGUCGGCCAGAAGGUCGACAACAAGGGGGUCAUGAUGCUCCGUUGCACGUUUUGCAACAAAGUUUUCCAAGGAACCCAGUUUCAGGCCACGAGGCACUUCUCGCAGACAAACUACUGCAAGGACGUCAGCGACGUGGCGUUGUACGAGAUUGCUCGACGGACUCAACAGAAGUUCGAGGCCGAUCAGAUGGACAGGGUUGCGAGGUAUGCAGCGGAGCGCGGACUCGAUGUGCCCGGCAUGGGUGGUGCAAGGGGAGGAGAGGCGGGGCGGCGUCCGACGGAGGGAGGGGUCGGGGGAGAUGGUGGGCAUGGUGCGGCAGACCCCACUUUGGGUGGUGAAGGCGGUGAGACAGAGGAGGGCGUGAUCAACGUGGAUCGCGAGGCGCGUGGCCCGGGUGAGGAGGGAGUCCUGGAACGGGAGGACGUGCCUAAGUUUUAUCCAGGCACUGGCGAGAGGUUGGAGGACUGGCAGAGGCGAGCAGGCAAGGGAGCUGCAACGGAGGGGUCUUCCAAGAGGAAGGAAGGAGGGAGUGAUCCGGCUGCCACCCCAGCAGGGAAGAGGCUUCCCCAGCAGAAGAUGAUUGAUGUCUAUGGUGGCGAGUGGGUUGCUCGCCACAAGAAGGCAUUCCUUCGCUGGUUGUAUUCCAGCGGGGUCUCCUUCAAUGCCUUCCACAACCAGGUGUGGAAGGCAUAUCAGCAGGUGCUUCUUGAGCAGCCUGGCAGUUCCCCGCGCGCAGUGCUUUCCAACCACUGCGAGAUUGCGAGUAUGCGGGCGGUGGAGACCCACCAUGCGGAGUUGGCGGAGGAGUUGGAGGAGGUGAGGCAGCCAUUUUGGGUGACCGGUGCCACCCUCCUCUCCGAUGGGAGGAAAUCACGAGACGGGAGACCGAUCGUGAAUUUCCUUGCUGCUGGCUCUCGAGGGGUCGUCGUGUACACGGCGAUCAAUCGAGAGGGCGAGGCGGACGAUGCAGUGCACGUCCUUCGGAGAUGGGUUACCAUCUUCCACGAGUUCAGCUUCGGCGGGCCGCAACGGAUCAAUGCGAUAUGCACUGACUCCGCUUCUGCCUAUGUGGGGGCUGCAAGGGCAUUGACCUCGCCGUCCAUGCUUUUUGCACUGAGGAGGAUUACUUGGCUCCCGUGCUCCGUCCAUGUCUGCAACAAAUUGUUGUCAGACAUGGGGACGAGUUGCGACGCGUUUGUGGACGCGAUCACACGCGCUCGUGUGCUGGUGGUGUUUUUCAAAAUCCACCACGCCGCCCUUCAUUUUUUUAGGACGCGCAGCCCCGACAAGGGGCUUAUUCUUUCAUGUGAGACGUGGUUCGCGUCUGUUUACUCCAUGCUGGAGAAGCUGUUGGCCCUGCAGGACACUCUUCAGGACAUGAUGCGAGGGGACGACGCGCGGGCUUUUGCUUCCAUCCCGUGGUCCGCCGAUGUGUGCGUCAUGGCGCGUUGGGUGCGCCGACAGAUCAGAUGGGAUCCAUGGUGGCAGAGGGUGGCCACCAUCGUCCAUAUCAUGCAGCCCAUCAUGGAGUUGCUCAGGCGGAUGGAUCGUGGAGGACAGUACAUGUCCCUCAUGAUCGAGUGGACGCAGGAUCUUGUCCGCCGUGUCACGGUCGCAUGCGCCCCUUUGGGAAAGUCGUUCGCCGACCGGAUCAUCAGGCGUGUGCAGGCUCGCAUACAGCACAUGCUUGAGCCGACUCACUGCGCAGGGUUCUUACUGAACCCCCGCGGGCGACACGUUCGCUACUUUUCGGGGCAGGUGGAACGGUACGAUGCUUGGCUUGUGGGGCAAGCCAAGAGGUACAUUUUGACGCAGACGAGAUUCGAGUUGGAGGGUGCGGAGUACAUCCUUGCAUGUCGGCAGUUUGAGGACUUCCACAUUCAGCAGGGCAGGUUCGGGGAUUGGGGCGGUCCGGAGGGGCGUGCUCGUGGGCGCUCGUGCAGCGGCGACAGCGAGACGAUUGAGUGCGCGUCUUGGUGGUGGCAGUAUGGGUCUCGCGCGCCAGAGUUGCAGCGUUGCGCUCUUCGGGUCAUGCACAUGUGGUCUUGCGCCUCUCCAGCGGAGAGGAACCGGGCAGUCCACGAGGGCAUUCACACGAAGAAGUGCAACCAGUUGGCCUUCGAGGAGAUCGUGCAACUCGUUGAGAUCACCGCAAAUGUGCGGUUGACUGAGUAUCGGCGGGCUGGAUGCGGUUAUGUGCUUCCAUGGCAGCGGGACGAGGGCAUGCUGGAUUGCCAGGCAGGACUUGAGUUGGAGCCUGUGCGCACGGGGACUCGCAGGGGGAAGACGAACGAGGAGAUUGCCCGUCAGGUUGCACUUAUUACCCGGGAUCCCAUCGCGGCGUCCGCACCACCCUCGGUUGAUGCCGUUUUCGAUAGACGUGCUUGCAUUUUUCGUCCCUACCCCAGGGAGGAUGACACAGACGAGGAGCCGAUACCCGAGGCGGCAGAUGACCCCACGCUCCGCAUUCCCCGGGAGAUCGACGAGACGCACGAGGAUCCCAACUCCGAGGAGACGAGGGCACAGACUGCACGACGGGCGGCAGACCGGGCGGAGAGGGAGAUGCUGGGGGGAGACGAGGACUUUUGGGGCCCAUUCGGAGAGGUCGCUUCCACGGGCGGCCCAGAGGCGCAGGCGACGACCCCCACUCCGACAAGGCGGGAUUCGUCCAUGCCGCCACCUCCUGCUCCGAGUCCUGCACCACGAUCGCCCGAGGAGGGGGCACCUUCGGCAGCAGCAGUGGAGAGUUCGGUGGCACCAGCGGCGGUGCCGGACGUGACGAUCGCGGCCGCGGUGGAGGAGAUAGCAGCAGCAGCAGCAUCAUCAGUGCUGGAGGAGAUAGCAGCAUCAGUGCUGGAGGAGGAUCCACCAGCGGCAGGAGGAGGUGCAGCAGUGGAGGGGCAGGUGGCAGCAGCAGGAGGAGCAGGCUGAGGAGCAGCAGAAGUGGAGGUUGAGGUGGCAGCAGCAGUGGAGGAGGAAGAGGCACCGUGGGGGCGAUGACGAGCGCCUCAUGCAGCAGUUCCUCACGGAGGAGCUCGGUCCGGCCAUAGCGGGUAUGACCCCGGAUGUGGAGAGGGGGUUUGGGAUUUCAGAUUCGGAGAUGGGGACCCACUUAGACUUAGAUUUGUCGAUGGGCCUUCCACCCAGUUGCAGCGGGGCGACAUCGACGGACCGGGCUCCAUCGAGGGACGAGGCGCCAGGCAGGACUUCGACGCAGACCGCGAGAGAGAGGACGAGGACAGAGUCUCUAGAUGCAACACACAACAUCAUGGAGCGAGAGAGGGCUAGACUUUUGGCAUCGACUGACCCUCGUGCUCAGGCGUUCGCACGGGCCGUAGAGGAGGCCAGGCGUCUAGAGAUAGGGGGGGAUUGUGUGCAGGGUGGGGUGGUGGCGGGGGAUGACGUUGCGGAGGGAGUGGCAACAAAGCCGGUACUCGAGG